UUGCAGCAAAAACAAUUCGACCCAUUCACACCUCGUCACCGAUCAUUGUGAACGACGUACGGUACGAAGCGCACCAGUCACAAAUUCGACGACAUAUCCAAAAAAAGUGGUUUGAAUAGAAAUAUCUGUUCGGUCAACGGUCACACCCAGAAGAAAGGAGAAACAUCACACACARCACAAUGAUUGCGUCCCGAUUUGCCAUGGACAAGCUUGUCCGAAACAGCGCUAACGUCGCUAACAAACUCAUCCUCGGCCGUGGAGCUGCCCGAAGCAUGUCCACCGUCGUGGAAUUCGAGCACGGCAGAGGAGCUUGGMAGACAUACGGAGAUAUCGACAACUACGAGCAGGGAAAAUACCAGAUCAAAACAUUCAACAAAAUCUCCCCCGUUGGUYUGUCGCGCUUCCACCAGGAUCAAUACGAUGUCCGAUCCGGUGACGCUGCCAACGCUCAUGCUAUUUUGUURCGAUCCCACAAGCUUCAAGAGGAGGAUGUCCCUAAAACCGUGAGAGCCAUUGCAAGGUAAGUCACAGGUUUCUCACCAGAAAUAUCCUUUCUGUCACCGAAUCAGCCAUGGCCAAUACUUGCGAUGGAACUAUGGCGUCUCAUUUAAAACCGUUGUUGUCGUCAAAAUAGAUGCGGUGCUGGUACCAACAAUAUCCCUGUCCCUCGCAUGACAGAAUUGGGUAUUCCUGUCUUCAACACACCCGGAGCAAACGCAAACGCCGUCAAGGAAUUGGUUUUGUGCGGUAUGUUGUUGGGAUCCCGAAGAAUUGUUGACGGAAUCAACCACAUGAAGGACCUUGGAGCGCAGGGAUUGGCCCGAGAACGUGUCGAAAAGGACAAGGCCAUGUUUGGUGGACAAGAAAUCAAAGGCAAAACACUCGCAGUAAUUGGACUCGGACACAUCGGAGCCAUGACUGCUCGUGAUGCUGAGCAGCUGGGAAUGAAGGUCAAGGGUUAUGAUCCGGGUCUCAGUGUUCAAUCUGCUAUGAAGUUGCCUCGUGACAUGAAUCUUGUCGAUUCCAUCACGGCAGCAGUUUCGGGUGCCGAUUACAUCUCUAUCAACAUUCCUUACGUGAAGGGACAAGGUGGAACCCACGGAAUUAUUGGUAAGGAUGUCGUCGAACAUUUCAGCCCCAACGCCGUCCUAAUGAACUUUGCUCGCGGAGAACUCGUGGAYUCGGACGCCAUGAAAGAAUUUUUGGACAGCGGUGAUGGAAAAUACGUUACAGAUUUCCCUGAGGACUUGCUUUGGGAUCACAAGAACUGCAUUGUCUUACCUCAUUUGGGUGCCUCGACCGAAGAGGCSGAAGAUGCCGCUGCUUCCAUGGCCGCCGACACUAUCCGAGAAUACCUGGAGAACGGAACCAUUGUCAACAGUGUAAACUUCCCCGAUACACACCUCGAUGCGAGACCAGAAGACACAGUKCGUUUCACUGUUGUUAACAAAAACGUUCCUGGAGCUUUGGCCGCCAUUACUGAGGCAAUUUCCAACGAGGGGCUCAAUAUUGUGCAGCAAAUCAAUCACUCCCGGGGUGAUAUCGCAUACAACGUUUGUGAUAUUUCCACAAGUGGAAAUGAUGUUGUCAGUUUCAAGAAUGUUCAAGAACAGAUUACGAUGGUGGAGGGAGUCAUUAGUACACGAAUCAUCUAUGGCCAAGCUGGAGUGGGAUACGCUAAGAACCUUGACGGUGAAUACUUYGUUUAAAUUCGUUUGAGUGAGUUGGCRAAAAACUAGAUUUGACGUUAUAAAUACAUUUUUACAUACGAGUACUGAGACUGUUAACUGGGUUGAAUUCAAAUUUUAUUAUGAGUACUGAAUUGCUUUUCGUAUUGAUCGAGCAGUUCUGUUGGGAGUCGAAAAAGAAUAGUGCAUUUUUUCAACUCGUCGGAAGCAAUACSCAAUGUACACACUAUGAAAUGCAAUGCGAAGUAGAAAAGAAAUAUGCAAGCAAAACUAGGCUUCUACAGUAUUACAUUACGACAAUAACUAGUGUCAAACAGGUAGUAGUAUCUGGUUCCAUAGUUUCCUCUAACUUGAUUUUGAUMGAACGAAUCAUCUCGAUUGCUUACUUGCCACCAUCGUAASUCUUUCCGUCCUUGUUGGUAUCGAAGCUGUACUUAGUCUUGGCCAUUCGGUGUCCAAGGGUGGGGUCUUUUUUCCAGGCCUGCUUGGUGUCGGUUCCACGUUUGGUGUAGAAUUCAGUGUAGUCCUCGAACACACCGGCUUUCUUGGCAUUUCGUUCGUAGUUCUUUUCCUUCUUCUUUUGUUCGUCAGCACGAAGUUUUGCGUAUUGUUUCUUAGUAAGGCCGUCGGGGACGUACGACUUCGCACCGAGUUCUCCAACCGAGAUCUGUGGUGUCAAGAAAAAACAUCAAUAGUU